AUGAAGGAUGGCAACCUUUUAAUUGAAAUGUUAAAACUAAGUAGGGAAAAAGAAUUUGAAAAAGAUCUCAAAAUUCUUUUAGAAAUAAAUUUGCAUAAUUCUAGAAUAAGUUCCCAAAAUGAAGUUAAAGAAAACUGUCUUUUAAAUGAGGAACAAUUGAAUAACUAUAUUGGGUAUAUAGAAAAUAUAAAAAAUGAUAUAAAAAAUAAAGUCAUUUUUGAAAAUAGCUAUUUUGGCAAUAUAUUAAAUUGUUAUCAUAAAAGCGAAGAAUAUAAUACCGCUAUGAAUUUCAAAACAAGCAACACGCAAAAUGCACAAAAUUGCCAAAAUGCACAAAAUUGUCAAAAUGUACAAAAUUGCCAAAAUGCACAAAAUUGUCAAAAUGUACAAAAUUGCCAAAAUGCACAAAAUUGUCAAAAUAAUAACAAUAUGCAAAACCUUGCUUAUAACCAAAAUUUAGCUAACUUUUUUUAUAUGAAUUUAAUUCGAAAAUAUACUGAAAUAGAAUAUUAUAAAUGGUUACACAGCGAUUUUACAAAAAAAUUUUUAUUUAAUAAUAGAGAUGAAAAUUACACAAAUAGUUAUCUUAACUCUUAUAUAUGCCUUUUACAUAUUUAUUCUAAAAUUGUAGGAUACGUAUUAUUAAAAAAUGAAGACAUUAACAUUGGUCUGCUUCAAUUUUGUAAAAAUAUAAUUUUAAGAACAUCCGAAGAAUUGGAAAGCUUAUUCAAAAUUAGUAAAAAAGAUAUAAAUUAUAAUUUAACCUUAAACAAUAUUAACUUGAUUAAAUAUGCAUAUUUUAUAAUUGAAAUGUUAUGUAAAGAUUAUAACACAAAUUAUUUAAGUAUAUUAUAUAUCUUAUAUUCCUUUGUAUAUUUUUUAUCUAAUUUUUUUUAUACAUGUUCGUUCGGUAUUAAUAAUGAAAAUUUUGAGAAAGAAAUUCAAAAUAACAUAAAUACAGACAAUAUUAUUAAAAAUUCUGAAAAUAACAUAAAUACAGACAAUAUUAUUAAAAAUUCUGAAAAUAACAUAAAUACAGACGAUAUUAUUAAAAAUUCUGAACAUAACAAUGUUAACAAUUUAGAUAAAAAAGAAAUAUUUCAUAAUUUAAAUUCAAUGUUUUUACAUUAUAAUCAUAUGGAAAAAUAUGGAAAAUCUAAAUUUAUGGAAUUAAAUGAAAUGAUGUUAUAUUUUAUUUCUAAAAAAAAAUUAGAACAAUCUGAUUGUAAUUUUGAAAAUAUAAUAAAAGAUUUAAAUAUUCUUAAAUAUGCUACUUAUUUAAAAAAAAAUAUUUUUUCCGAAAUUUUUAUGAACAGUCAGAAUAUUUGUAAAGAAAUUAACACAAAAUAUGAAAUUAUUAUGAACAAAAUAUUUCGAAAAAUAUGUAAUUUUUCAGAAAAUAGUCCAUUAUAUUUAACUAAAUUAUUUAGUAAUAAACAAGAUAAUGAAAAGUGUGUGCAAAUAAAUAGUGAUUAUAAUGACAAUACAAAUUAUAUGAAAAAAGAAUUGUUAAAAAAAACAAAUUUGCACACAAGCUUAUUUGAGAAAUUUGAGUUUAAUAUUGAUAUAAAUUUUUUUAAACAAUAUUUAAAUAAAAUUAAUAUAAAAGAUGAAAAUAUUAUUUAUGAAGAAAAAAAUAAUUUCCUAAAAUAUUUUAAUAAAUAUGAAGAAAAUAUAAAAUUAAAUAAUUUGAUUAAUGAUUUUUAUUAUAUUGGAAUUGAUUUUGAUAACACAAUUACAAAAGAAGAUACUUAUUAUGCAUUUUUUAAAUUGCUUAUUAGUAAAUGUUAUAAAGUUGAGACAAAUGAAACAAUAGAUUUAUCAGAAGAUGAAAUAAAUUUUUAUGAAAAUAUUAAUAUAGACAUAUUAAAUAAUAAAAAUUAUAAUAACACAUUAAGUUUUAAAGAAAAAUGUUUAUGUUUAAAUAAAAUUGCAAAAUGGUAUUAUAUAAAUGAAUAUGCUAUUUUUAAACAACUUGAAACAAAAAAAGAUAUAUCAACACCUUAUUCAGAUUCUUAUUAUUAUUUUUUAAAUAAAAUUGAUAGCUUAUAUACAAAAAAUUCGAUUUUAUUGUCUUAUUUUGAAAUAUUUAAAGAUAUAAAUGUUGAAAAUAUAAAUUCUAUAAUUAAUGAAAAUUAUGAAUUGUUUCAAUUAAAUGAUUAUUUUUUAGAAGUAUUCUUAAAUUUGAUUAAUUUUAAAAAAAAAAAUAUGAACAAAUUUUAUUUUGACAUUAUAACAUUGAAUAUUAAAAAAAAAAUAUGUACAUAUACAAUACGAAAUAAUCUUAUUAAAUAUGAUAAGGAUUAUGAAAAAGUAAAAAAUUUGGUUGAAAAUGAUUUACAACAUGUUAAACAAAAUUAUGAUUCUGAAUUAAAAAAAUAUUUUAACGUCUAUUACUCAAAAUUACAUAAUUAUGAUAAAAAUACAAAUAAAUAUAAAGGAACCUUUGAAUUUGAUAAACUAAAGUUGAAACAUAAUAAUUAUAAAAGUGACAAUAUAGAUGAGAAGAUAAACAUAGAUGAGAAGAUAAACAUGGUUGAGAAGAUAAAUAUAGUUUCUAUUUUUGAUAAAACUGUAGUUAUAAAUAAAAUAUUUUCAUUAUUAGAUAAUUUAAAUUAUAAGUUAUCUGCAUUCAUAGGAGAUAGUAUUAUCGAUUUAGAUGCAAUGCUUAGUGUAGAUAUAGGAAUCAUAUUAGGUAAAAAUACAUUUCUUCUUAAAUUUUGUGAAAAACAUGAUAUUUUAAUAAAACCUUUGGCAUUUGCAUCAGCAAAAAUCGAAUAUUUAAAAAGAAAAAGAAAUAAAAACAAUUCUACAGAAUCUGACAUAAAAGAGGAAACAAAAUUCGAUCCAAAUUAUAAAAUAAAUAAUGAACUAUUUGAUGAUAAUAAAAAAAUAUUAUACUCUACAGAAAGUUGGGCAGAAAUCGGGAUAUUCUUUUUUGGGGACAUUUACAAUACGAACUAUUAG